AUGAGAAUGAAGGCCAAGAACACGUUCGGUGGUCACUCUGAGACUCUUGCUCCCAAGGGUUUCAGUGCCACUCGGCAGAACACAGCCUACAGAAGUUUGUCAGAGUUAAUAUGUCAGAGUCCCUACCUGAUCCUGGAAGAGGGUCUCUCUUUUACUGUUAAUAUAGCUUUGAGAUUCUGGUAUGCAAAGGUUUUCUGUCACUUGCACUUGUUUGUUUCCCGAUUAAAUAUUCCCUUCUUUACGGACUAUGCUGAGAAAGAGAAUACCAUCGCAAAAGCUCUGGAAGAUCUGAAGGCUAAUUUUUACUGUGAACUCUGUGACAAGCAGUACUAUAAACAUCAAGAAUUUGACAACCACAUUAAUUCAUAUGACCAUGCUCACAAACAGAGGCUCAAAGAACUGAAACAAAGGGAAUUUGCUCGAAAUGUAGCGUCUAAAUCCAGGAAAGAUGUAAGAAAACAGGAAAAGGCCCUCCAACGCCUGCACAAGCUGGCUGAGCUAAGAAAGGAAACUGUGUGUGCUCCUGGAAGUGGCCCCAUGUUCAAGUCAACAACUGUUACUGUGAGAGAAAAUCAUAACGAAAUUUCCCAAAGAGUUGUUGUGGAUUCAGUUAACGACCAGCAAGAUUCCAAAUGUAUUUUGAUUCAUAGCGAAGAGCAUACUAAAGAUGUCACCACAGUCGCUGCAGAUUCCAAAGUCGCAAACAGCUAUGCAGCAAAUAAGAAUCAACUUGGAGACCAAGCCCAGGGAAUUCAUAGGCACAAAAUUGGCUUUUCCUUUGCAUUUCCAAAGAAAGCAUUGGUGAAGUUGGAGUCCUCAGCGGCAGCCUUCUCUGAAAGCAAUGAUGAAGCCUCUGUGGGAAAAGAGUUUAGCAGGAAAAGUAGGUUUGUUCCUAGUGCUUGUCAGCCACAACGAUCUUCCCCAACAGAUGCGCUUUUGAGUUCUGAGGAGAAAGCUGACUCCUCCUAUCCAGCAGAGGCAAUGUGCCGUGACAAAGAAACUGCUCGAACUCAAGAGAUGAAAGAAGUCUCCAGUGAAAAAGAUGCAUUUUCAUUGCCUUCGUUUUGCCAGGUGCAACUCUCUUUAUGUUCUGAAGCGGACAGUUGCAAAGGUUCACUCCCAUUAGCAGAUCAAAUGCCCAUGGAAGAUAUUACUGUUAGUGAAGAGGUACCUCUAAGUGGUAACAGCUCUGAGUUGUUAGAGAAUAAACCUACAAUUCCUAAUAUGUCUGAUGAGUGUAUAUCUGUGCAAGCUACUGCAGAGGAAAAUGUAAACAAUAAUGAUGCAUCCACAAUUGAAACUGAAAAUAAAAAUGGUCAGGAGACACUGGCCCCUACAAACACUGAAAUGGAUACAAUAACCUUACCUAAAAAAACAGAUCUGCAUAAAAGACAGUCUGAGCCAUUUGUCCCUGUAUUUAAUAAACAUGGAUCUACAGUCCUGCAGUGGCCAUCAGAAAUGCUAGUUUACACAAACACAGAACCUUCAAUUUCCUACAGCUGUAAUCCUCUCUGUUUUGACUUCAAGUCCACUAAAUUAAAAAAUAAUCCAGAUAAAAAUAAGCUGCCUUUAAAUGAUCUUUGUGCUCAGCAGAAGGGAGAAGAUCUCUAUAAGAGACCAGUUCCAGGCUGCAAGGACCUAACUAUGGCAGGAUUCAUAGAAUGUGAAAUUGGUGGUACAGAAAAUGAAUAUACCCAGAUCACUCCUGUUUUGCCAGACAACAGUCUUUCUAAUAUAUGUGACUCUGGAAAAAAUGAGAACAUGGAUCAGAGGUUUAGAAAUAUUUCCUGUAGAAUCAGGAAAACAGAAAAAUAUAAUUUUACUAAGAAUCACAUAAAACAAGACUUUGUAGACAAGAAAUACAACAAACUAAGGUUGAAGGAUACUCAUGAACUUUGGUUCCAUACAAGUAGGGGAAAGAAAACAAGAAAGUUUUGUCAGCCUCAUCACCACAGGGAGAAAACCAAAGAAUCAGAACCUCACUGCAAACUGGAAAUGGAGACUAGCUCCACUGGUAAAACUAGGAAAAUUUUCCUGGAAACAAUUUCGGAAAAGCAAUAUUCAGUAACAGAGCAAUUAUUGGACUCACAUCAGUUACCUGAUAAAAGGCCUAAAUCAGCAUCUGAAAAUGAAGAAAUGUGUGAAACGUGGAAGACUGACUACAAUAGCAAUGACCCUAUCAGUUCUAAAACCUACUGCAAAAAGAACAGAAUGCUUUUCAGUGGACAAUCAAAUCCAACAAUGAUAUAUUCUGGCAAGCAUAAUGUAACAUACUCCAGAGCUUACUGUUGUUGGAAAACCAGACUGUCACGCUAUAGUCAGGAUCACAGAUGCUUAGUUCUUCAAAAUGACACAAAACACAUGAGUCAGAAUCAGCCUGUUAAGAGAGGUUACAAUUCUCUCAUGAAUGAAUCAGAACGAUUCCACCGAAAACGCAGGCAGCAUUCGCAUUCUUACUCUUCAGAUGAAAGUUUAAGUCGACAGCAUUAUUUACCAGAAGAAUUUUUGAGAUCAGCAAGCGCUUCCGUUGCUCCCUAUAAGCCUAAAAAGAAGCGAAGAAGGAAAAGAAGCAGAUUCCACAUGGGAGGUGAAACGUCGGAUGUCAGUGAAAAUGCAGAUAAUUCCAUGAAAAGGAGUUCUUCAUUGAAUCACCUGGAUGGGUUCAUAAGUGAAGACAAAACAGAAAGAACAAAACCUCAGGAAGUUGCAACUGCUGGAAGGAACUCAGAGCAAACAGUCCAAGUAAAAGACAAAUUGGCUUUACUCCCUAGCAACCUCGGUCCUUCAGAAACCAGUGGUGAAGCUGAGCACUUAGGGAUGGAGAUCAAUUCUGACGAAUCGUCAGCGAUUUCCAGUGAUUCCAUCACAUCUGUGCAUGUAGCUCACCCCCAAACAAAAGAAACAAGCAACACCACCUCACUGGAACACAAAGACAGAAGUGAGACUACAAAUAUUAAUGAAAAGCAAGUUCCUUUCAAGGUGCCUAAUAUUGAAAGGAACUUUAAACAGUCGCAGCCUAGAUCAUAUCUUUGCCACUAUGAACUGGCCGAGGCCCUUCCACAAGGAAAGAUGAACGAGGCCUCAACAGAGUGGCUGUGUUAUAAUUCAGGAAUCCUUAACACACAGCCACCAUUACCAUUCAAGGAAGCACAUGUCAGCGGUCAUACAUUCAUUACAACUGAGCAGAUCCUGGCUCCUUUAGCUUUACCCGAGCAAGCGUUAUUGAUCCCACUAGAAAACGGUGAGAAAUUCAAACCUCUACCUUGUGAGGUUUACCAGCACAUUAUACAGCCAAACAUGCUGGCCAAUAAGGUCAGGCUUAGCUUUCCUCCAGCUCCCUUCCCAGCCCCCGCAACAUCCCUACAGCCUCUGCCUCUGCAGCAGCCUUUGCGUUCUACCUCUGUGACCACCAUCCACCACACUGUUUUGCAGCAGCAUGCAGCAGCCGCUGCAGCAGCCGCCGCCGCGGCAGCUGCAGGAACCUUUAAAGUGCUUCAGCCACACCAACAAUUUCUUUCCCAAGUCCCAGCUCUCACCAGAACAUCUAUACCUCAGAUCUCAGUGGGACCAGUGGGACCUAGGUUGUGCCCUGGGAACCAGCCCACCUUUGUUUCCCCUCCUCAGAUGCCAAUCAUUCCAGCCUCAGUUCUUCAUUCCGGCCACCUGGCUUUUCCCCCUCUACCCCAUGCACUCUUUCCUUCACUGCUUUCUCCACACCCUACCGUCAUCCCUCUGCAGCCUCUCUUCUAGUCAUACCUUCCAGUGGGAAGCAAAUACUUACGUGAAAACCGCAGCUAACCCACACCUGGCUAUUCAACUGAUGGAAAUAAACUGGCCGAAGUGUGGCCUCGGUGAUUUCAAAUCAUUUACUGUAAGUUUAAUGAUGCAAAUAAAUUCUUAUGUUACUGAUAUAUAAUAUUAUUAAAGCACUAAAUAGUUUGAAAAUCAAUACACUAUAUGCUGUAUACUAAAAUGAUGUCUUAAGGGUAUGUAUAAUGUACAUAAAAUAUAUUUAUAGUACUGUAAUUUAUGUUGUAAAGUAUGCUCCUUGGUUUUUUCUAAUCUUUGUGUAUUUGCAUCUAUUUAAUGUUUAGACAGAGCUGAUGGCACUAUGUUUUGUACCAUGUUCCUUGAAACUGUAAAUUCA